AGAAGGGCAGACAUGGAAAGCCACAGUGAAUGUCUUUAUCUUUCUCAACUAAUUUAUUCUACUUAAAUCCUUUGAAGUCCUAUCUGCAUGAUUAUGUUGGCAGUGCGUCGCUCCUUCCUGGUUCUUGUGACUUUUAUCAAACUGUCUCGGUUCCGUCACACAGCAUUUGUUUUCACUGUGGUUGUUGUUUAUCCGUCUGGCCGAGUUUGAUGCCAUUUUCAGAACAGAUGUUGCUACCCUGCCUCUGACUCACCAUCACAUGCUGCCCGGUGGAACUCUACCGUCUGACACUGCUUUGUUUUUGUCUGACGCGCAAAAUAGGGGCGCGCUGCUGGUGAUGGGAACUCUUUGGGACUCUUUGGCGCAUGAAGGAUUCUCAUGUUUCGUUUUUCCUAAAGCACUCAACUGCAGGUGGAUCUCACUGACAGAAAGGACGCGGAAGAUAACUUGUCUUUAAGUUACAUUUUUUCAAUAUUUAUAUUUUAGAUAGCUCAUACAUGUUUGUGCUGUGUUUUUCUGCUUCGUCUGUUUUGAUCAGAUCACUCACCAGCAGUCAUUUCAGUGGGUGAUGUGUAUAGUUUACAACUACCCAGCAUAUCAUUUUGUAAUACGCCUUAUCUACUGUUGAAAAAGUACUUUUGGCGCAAAACAUUGUUGGGCGAGUUUUUAUUGGAGAUGAGGUUAAUAAUUCAGAUCGAGCUAAAAUAGCCCCGUGUUUGUGUCAGGCUAGUGAGGACUCUCUGUUCCCUGGGGGAUCUCAGAAGCAGAAUUGUGACUUGUUUCGGGGUUUACACAAGAUUGGUGUGCGCAAGGACCUUUAUUUCACGCACGGCAGCCAACCAUUUGCCAUGGGGAAAAAGUGCAGCGCCAAAGGGUGUGAGGAGUUCCAGACCUGGGGUGCCUUAAGCGGUCAGGGCCAGGCACGGCCCCUUCAAUAACCGCGCGGCGAAAGCAUGCCCUCUUGGCCCAAUCUCUCGGAGGGCCUCUCCCAUAACUGCAGCUGGGAGGAGACCAACAACACCGCAAGGAACGCUGAAUUCGGCCUGCCUCCUCUCAAUUACUACUCAAUCCCUCUCCUCACAGGCAUCACCAUCGCCUGCACGCUGCUGUUUCUGGUCGGGGUGACCGGGAAUGUCAUGACCAUUUUGGUAGUCAGUAAGUACCGGGACAUGCGCACCACCACCAACCUGUACCUGUGCAGCAUGGCCGUAUCCGACCUGCUCAUCUUCCUCUGUAUGCCACUGGACCUCUACCGUAUGUGGAGGUACAGGCCCUGGCGCUUUGGGGCCGUGCUCUGCAAACUCUUUCAGUUCGUGUCGGAGUCGUGCACCUACUCCACCAUCCUGAGCAUCACCGCGCUGUCAGUGGAGCGCUACCUGGCCAUCUGUUUCCCGCUGCGUGCCAAGGCCCUGGUUACCAAAAGACGUGUGCGUGCCCUCAUUCUUCUACUCUGGACAGUGUCUCUAUUGAGUGCCGGGCCUGUGUUUGUCAUGGUGGGAGUGGAACGUGACAACAUGGGGCCACAUUUCAGUUCGGGGAUGAAUUACACUGGCUUCUUCCUGGAGGCCGGGGACACCCGGGAGUGUAAGAUGACGCACUACGCAGUGGAGUCAGGCCUGAUGGGGGCCAUGGUGUGGCUGAGCAGUGUUUUCUUCUUCAUGCCGGUCUUCUGCCUCACAGUGCUAUACAGCCUCAUAGGCCGGCGGCUGUGGCAGAGACACAGAGAGACAAACAUCAGCUCCCGCGUGGCUCACAGGGACAAAAGCAACAGACAGACCAUCAAGAUGCUUGUGGUAGUGGUGCUGGCCUUCGUCCUGUGCUGGUUGCCUUUUCAUGUGGGUCGCUACCUGCAGUUCCGCUUUCUGGACGCUCCGUCCCCGCUGCUGUCUCUGUUGUCCGAGUACUGCAGUUUGGUGUCCGUGGUUCUCUUCUACCUGAGUGCCGCCGUUAACCCCAUCCUGUACAACACCAUGUCCUGGAAAUACCGGGGCGCAGCAGCGCGCCUCUUCGGCCUGGCCGACAGCCAACCGUCCCGAGGCCGCACAGCCAGCACCAUGAAGGGAGACGGCUCCAACGGCUGGACGGAAUCCACAGUCAGCUUCUAAACGCACGACUGAUAAAUACAUGAAAAAAAGUCAUUCAUACGUUGAUAACACUAACCUGAAAGCCAUUAUUAUGUCAGACCGAAGAAACACUGUUCUGUAAGUUUUAUUUGACUGGGACUAAGAGAAGAAAAAAAUGGAUGAGAAAAGCGCCAGCCACAAAAAGCUGCAAGCCUCCAAACACUUCGUCAACAUGCAUCAAUAUAACUUCGAUUUUUUUCCACAGUUCACAGUUUAUUUUCUUGUUGGAUUAUUCCAGCAAGUGCCAUCCAGUAACUAUUCACACAGCACACUCAGCAGCAUUUCAAAGACACGACUGGUGGAGGGCGAAAAACACACCAGCCUGAACUAAGUCUGAACUAUAUGAAUCCAAAUGUGAACAACACAGGGGCGCGCAUGCACCUAUAAACGCACACAUACAUUAAAAAAAGCCUAUAAUAGACAUCUACAAUUGCCUUAUAUUGUAUUCAUACUCUGGAUGACAAAGAAAGCACUGUAGAACUUGUAGCACUGCACUGUACUCCUUCAGAGAGGGGCAGAAGUGCAGUGUGUGUGUACGUGUGUGUGUGUGUGUGUGUGUGUCUCAAGUGUCAUGCUUUCAGAUGUGAUUUGAUUUCUGUAAUGUGUAAGAGAGAGGGGAUAUGUGAAAGUACUAUGUUAGUGUUAUUCACUUUUGACAUGCUGAAUGCCCUGUAUCUUAGAAAUUUAAGUCCAUGCU